ACCGGCGGAGGUUCCGCUAGGGUUUAGGCGAGCGGGGGUGAGAGGUGGGCCGUCCACUGCCGGUAACGCGUCUGGAGCUUGGCCACCUCUCGGCAAGGCCGGCACGCCGCGGCUGCCGCUCCGCCACCACCCGAGGAGUUCCUCUCUGACGUGACGACUGGAUCCCGCAGUUGGCUAAAUAUCAUUUCAGAAUGGACUCACGAUCACCGAAAAUUCCAAGGAGAAGUCCUGAUUCCAAGGAUCAGGACUCCGAUAGGAACAGGGGAGAUGAAAAGAAUGAUUGGGACUCAUCAAGAACAUAUGGCUCUGAGACUGAUUGCAAGGAUGAAAUAUCCGACAACAAUAAGAGGAAGGGUUCUGCCAUGGGUGAUAAUAUUGUUGACAGCAGCAGAUCAGUGGAUAGAAGUCAUGAAACUGAAUUGCAUGUGUUAAGAGAUGAUAGGCAGGAUAAAACGGUAGAGAUAAAAGAUAUUUUGCAUGAUGGAGUUGAAAAAAGUGACUAUGCUCAACGCCAACUAGACUUGGAAAGUGAAAGAAGGAAUAGUACAGGAGAUAAAUCAAGAGUGGAUGUUCACAGAGAUGACAAAUUAGACAGCGGGAAGGACAGAAACUGGACCGACAAAACACGGGAGCCUGAAGGAUCUAAGGACUAUUUAAGGAAUCGUCAGUGGCAAGAUUCCAAGGAGGCAAAUGACUCUGAAUGGAAGAAUGCGCAGGAAAGACUAGAUGGUGGGAGUUUCCAUGGGCGAGCUGGUUACCGGCGAGAUUCUAGGGGUAGAUCUGAAAGUAUUAGAGGUUCUUCAACCUAUGGAGGUCGGUAUGACAGUUCUGAUUCAAUAGAGAUCCGACCAAAUAACAAUCUUGAUUUUGGACGAGAGGGCUCUGUUUCUGGAAGAAGAUCUGACGUGGGAGCUCAUCGGGAUGUAACACCUGGAACAAAUGGUGAUAAAUGUGCCAAUCCUGAAGCAGACCAAAGUGGUAGCAGCAACAUGAUGUCUCAAUAUCCUCAACAAGGUUCUAAAGGUGAUAGACCCUCCAGAGGAGGAAGGGGUAGACCAAAUGGCAGGGAUUCUCAAAGAGUUGGAGUCACAUUACCAAUUAUGCCCCCUCCUUUUGGUCCUCUUGGUCUUCCACCAGGACCAAUGCAACAUAUUGGGCCAAAUAUUCCCCACUCUCCAGGCCCUCUUUUACCUGGUGUUUUUGUGCCGCCAUUCCCUGGGCCUCUUGUGUGGCCUGGGGCACGAGGUGUUGAUGUGAAUAUGCUUUCUGUUCCACCCAACCUUCCCAUCCCCCCUCAAGUUGCUGCUGAACAUAGAUUCACUCCAAGUAUGGGACCUGGACCUGGUCAUAAUAUUCAUCUAAACCAAAUCGGCUCCGGAAUAGGUGCUCCAACAAAUGUGUCUGGAUUGAGUUUUCAUCAAUUGGGCACUCAAAGUCGUGAAAUGGCACAUGACAAACUGCCUGCUGGUGGUGGUUGGACACCACAUAGAAACAGUGGACCAACCAGAAAAGCUCCUUCAAGAGGUGAACAGAAUGAUUAUUCACAGAACUUUGUGGACACUGGCAUGCGGCCUCAAAAUUUCAUUAGAGAACUGGAUCUUACAAGCGUAGCAGAGGACUAUCCAAAAUUGAGAGAACUCAUACAGAGGAAAGAUGAAAUUGUUGCCAAGUCUGCUUCACCACCAAUGUAUUAUAAGUGUGAUCUGAGGCAACAUGUUCUUUCUCCAGAAUUUUUUGGUACGAAGUUUGAUGUUAUUCUUGUGGAUCCUCCAUGGGAGGAGUAUGUUCACCGGGCACCAGGAAUCACAGAUCACAUAGAGUAUUGGAAUGCUGAGGAGAUUAUGAAUUUAAAGAUUGAGGCUAUAGCUGAUACUCCCUCCUUUGUCUUCCUUUGGGUUGGUGAUGGUGUAGGUCUUGAGCAGGGCCGUCAAUGUUUAAAGAAGUGGGGAUUUCGUAGAUGUGAGGAUGUUUGCUGGGUGAAAACCAACAAAAAAAAUGCAACACCCAGUCUGCGGCAUGAUUCUCAUACAAUACUGCAACACUCAAAGGAGCAUUGCUUGAUGGGUAUAAAAGGAACAGUGCGACGUAGCACUGAUGGACAUGUCAUCCAUGCGAAUAUUGACACAGAUAUUAUAAUAGCUGAAGAACCAACUGAUGGCUCAACUAAAAAGCCUGAAGACAUGUACAGGAUAAUUGAGCAUUUUGCUCUUGGAAAGAGGCGCCUUGAACUCUUUGGAGAGGAUCAUAACAUUCGUCCAGGUUGGCUUACUCUUGGGAAAGGUUUGUCGUAUUCCAACUUCAACAAAGAGUCAUAUGUUAAGAACUUCGCGGACAAGGAUGGGAAAGUAUGGCAGGGAGGUGGUGGACGAAAUCCUCCUCCUGAGGCUCCUCAUCUGGUUGUGACAACACCUGAGAUUGAGGGUCUCAGGCCAAAGUCACCCCCACAGAAGAACUAAGGGCAGCAGCCAAUGGGCACUAACAAGCAACCCGGUAGAAAAUCCCCAAGAUCAGUUACCGUGAUUGGUUCAUAUUUGAGAGGCUAAUUUUUCAAGUACCUGUACCUUUAAUACCUGGCAUUGCCACUCCAGUCUAGCAGAAAGAAUGCUUUAUUGUAGUAGUGCUCGAACAGGAUGGUUCAGCUUCCAGCAAUUUGGCAACUCUAUUUCAGAGAAUCAUUCAGUAUUUGUCUUGUUGAUACAUUGAUCUGAUAUAAAAGUCACUUUGACAAUUUGGCGGCUUGUUUUUGUCUGCCGAUGCUAUUUACCAUGAUCGUUUUAUUU